UGUAGUAGUUUUAUUUUGUUUGGAAUAGCAGAAUCACUUCUCGACAAAGCUGUUUUGUUAGUGUUUUUUCUGCUAUGGGUCAGGGGUGGAAGUGGGUCCACUUAUUGGUUUUCUUGAUUUUCUUGAAACAUGCUGUUGGAUAUGAAGGUUGGCUUUCUCAGAAUGUUCAGCCUCAGAAUUGGUCUGUCCACAAGCUCUUCUCCCCUAGGGAAGUCCAGUCUUCUGUGUUGGAGGCUCCAGUGACUGGAAGCAUUCCUGUUGAAGAAGUGGCCUCUAAUAUGUUUGCUGGGAAGAGCCCAAAUGCCAGCAGGCCUCUAUUUUCCCUUUCACGUCCGUAUGUAAAAGGAGGUUUUUCCAGCAGCUAUGGAUCUAUGUCUCAUACCCAAAGUGCACCAAGUGUCUUGGACAGCAUUUCAUCACUGCUACAACUCCAGGGUUCCUCCAGUCCAAAUGCCCAGAAUGUAUUUAACCAGUCUACUAGUGGGCAAGGUUCCUAUAGCCAGUCUUCUCAGUAUGGCUCUGGACUGCAAAGAGUUUCUGCUGAACUCUCUUCCACACCAGUACGAGGUGGUAGUUCCAGUGGCUUCUCCAUCCUGUCAAAGCUUGGUCUCUCACCUCUUGAUGUUUCUGACCCACCCACCGGUGAUCAAAGCUCCUCAAACAUGUCUACAAGCGCUCAGAGCAGCUCUGGCCUUCAGUUGGGAGGAACCUCUAGUCUGCUUUCUGCACAGAGUAGCUCUUCCACAGGGUCCUCAAGCAGUUCCCGCCAUUUCUUUACUUCUACUUAUCAAGGCAGCUCUGGGUCACAACUGGCAGGAGGUUCCAGCCGGCUUGUUUCUGCAAGUGGUUUGUUCACCCAGUCUCCAAGUACUGAAAGUCCGGAUACCCCUGGGUCCUCAUAUGCCAAGCUCGCUGCCUCACCCCUAGAUUUUAGCCAGUCUACCACUGAUCAGAGCUCUUACAGCCAGUAUACACCAAGCUCAGAGAGCAGAGUUGGCACUCAGCUGGCAGCUUCCCAUCAUCCUGUACCUGGACAGGGUAGUCGUUAUGGUUCAUCUGUCGAGCUUCAAGAUACGACUAGCCAGCAUGCUCAAACUUUUUCCUUGGGUGCAAAACUGCCUCUGUCCAGUCAGUACUAUCAAGCAACUCAGAGUGGUUCUCUAUCUCAAAGCCGACUAUCUCCGGAGCCUUCAGCCUCAAGGACCCAAGGAUUUCAGGCAGUGUCACAGGGAUCUGGUACAUCACAGAGCAGUUCUUGGUCUCCAAGUAGGUUCUCUUCACUGUCUUCUGCAGGAGGUUCUAUCAGCUCUACUGAUGGCUCUUCUGUACAGUCUCAACAUGCCUCCAGCCAGAAUGCCCUGGCUUCUUUGGAUGCAAAAGUGCCUUUGUACAGUCAAGCUGCUCCAAGUAGUUCCUCUCUGUCUCUGAGCCCUCCAGCUCAAUGGCAGUCUUCCUCUAGGUGGUUGCAAAGCUUUCAGGCAUCUGGUACAGUGGCAUCACAGAGUAGCUCUCCAUCUCAAGGCUCCAAGGCUCCCAGCAAGUUCUAUACCCUUACCUCAGCAGUAAGUCCUGGCCAAUUUGCCUCCAAAAAGGAAGGAAGUGGCAGUUAUAGUGGCUUGUCCAUGCAGUCUCAAAGUACCCCAAGUCGGUAUAGUCCUGGGUCCUCUGCAUAUGCCAAGCGUGGUGCCUCACCCCUAGGUGUUAGUCAGUUUACCAGUGGACCAAGCUCUUACAGCCAGUAUACAUCAAGCUCCCAGAGCAGGGCUGGCACUCAGCUGGCAGGCUCUAGUCACCAUGCACCCAUGCAGACAGGAAACGCGUUUAGUGGUGGCUCAUCUCUCCAGAUGCAAGGUACCUCUAGCCAGUAUGCACCUUCUCCUUUGGAUGUUAAAGUUCCUGUGUACAGUAAGGCUCCAAGUGGACCCUCACUGUCUCGGAGCCAACCAUCUCAAUGGCAGCCUUCCUCUAAGUGGUCCCAAGGUUUUCAAACCUCUGGAACGGUGACAUCACAAAGUAGUUCUCCCUCUCAAGGUUCCAAGGCUCCCAGUAAGUUCUCUACCCUUACCUCAGCAGCAAGUCCCACCCAAUUUGCCUCCGAACAGGAAGGAAGUGGUGUAGAUAGUGGCUUGUCCAGCUGGUCUCAAAGUGCCUCAACUCCGUAUAGCCAUGGGUCCCCUGCAUAUAUCAAGCGUGGUUCCUCCCUGCUUGAUGUUUCUAGGCAUUCUGCCAGUGGUCCGAGCACCUACAGCAAGUAUACAUCAAGCUCACAGAGCAGGGCUGGCACUCAGCUGUCAGGCUCUAGUCCUUAUGUGCCUGUGCAGUCAGUAAGCACCUCUACUGAUGGCUCAUCUCUGCAGCUGCUAGGUACCUCUAGCCAGUAUGCCCCUUCACCCUUGAAUGCAAAAGUUCUUGUGUACAGUCAGGCUGCUCCAAGUAGACCCUCAUUGUCUCGGAGCCAACCAUCUCAAUGGCAGACUUCCUCAAGGUGGUCACAAGGUUUUCAGACCUCUGGUACAGUGGCAUCACAGAAUAGCUCCAAGGCUCCCAGUAGCUUCUCUACACUUACCUCUGCAGCAGGUCCUGGGCAUUUUGCCUCCAAACAAGGAAGUGGCAUAUAUAGUGGCUUUUCCAGCCUGUCUCAAGGUACCUCAAGUCCGUAUAGCCCUAGGCCCUCUGCAUAUGCCAAACAUGAUUCCUCUCUCGACGUUUCGAGCCAAUCUACAAGUGAUCCAGACUCUUCUGGCCUGUAUGCAUCAAGCUCCCAGAGUAUGGCUGGAACUCGGCUGGCAGGUUUUAGUCCCAUUCCUGUUCAGACAGGAAGCACAUUUACUGGGGGAUCAUCUUUCCAGUUUCAAGGUACCUCUAACCAGUAUGCCCCUUCUGUGCCCAGUCAAUACACUCUGGCUUCAGGUGGAUCCUCCUUGACUGGCUCAGAGGCAUCUAAAAAAUGGCAGCCUUCAGCCUCCACUUUGAGCCAAGGGUUUCAGGCCUCUGGUACAUCUGUACAUCAGAGCAGAUCUUCCCCUCAAAGCUCUCAGACUUCUAGUGGAUCUUCCUUCCUGCCAGCCCUGAGCCCUUCUGUGGAUUCUGUGGCCCGGGGUAGCCAGAGUUCUAUCUCUAGUCCUCUGAGGAUCUCAAGCUUCUUUGGUGUAGGACAACAACCCUCUAAGCUCUCAGCUCCGGCUGCUUCUGGCUCCCAAAUCCAUAGCCAAAUAUCUCCUGGUCUGUCUGCUUCAGUUCAACACCCCUCAGACUCCAUGACUUCAUCUCUUGGCUCAAGUGUCCAAGGAGCUUUACAAGGUAUAUUCUCUGGUCAGUCCAGUUCCACCUAUGGCCAGAAACCUUCAGGCUAUUCCAAACCAUCCCAAAGCUCCUCUGCUACAGGACGAUACUUCUCAUCUGUCAAGGGCUAAGGGACUGCCAUGUACGUUUGUGCUGUGGAAUGUCAGCGCUAAAUGGUGUAAAGCUGUGCUUUUAAUCUAACUUUGAAGCAAUAAAUUGUUUAAUAUAAA